AUGCCUCUUACGGGACACUGCCUCUGCAAGGCCGUCACCUACAAGGUGGACGUCGACGCCCCUCUCAUUACCGGCUACGAUCACUGCGACGAUUGCCAGCGCCAGAGUGGCUCGACAUACUCCCUUGUCGCUGUUGUUCCCAAGGAUAAGCUUACCAUCAACGGCCCUACAAAGAGCUGGGCGGGCAAGGGCUCAUCAGGCAAGGAUGUUCACCGCAUCUUCUGCUCCGAGUGUGGCUCGCCAAUUGCUCACGACCCCGAUGCGGCCCCAGAGAUCAUCGCUCUCAAGGCUGGUACCCUCGAUACCGAGAUCAAGAAGAACCUGAAGCCGGACACCGAGAUUUGGACUGUCGGCAAGCUGCCCUUCUGCCAGGAGAACUUGGCAAAGCCCUUCAAGCACAUGCCCGAGUAA